AUGAACUCGCCACGUUUGUCUUUGGAGCCCGUCGUGCCCGCGUUUUGGGAAGAGACCCACAUCUUCCCAACUUUCAAGUCCUCAGAAGAAGUGCUGAACCACGACUGCUGUCAGCCCGCGGACUCGAGUCUCGGACUCGGGCUGCCGCACGUGCAUUUUCCGUACACGGACGCGGUGGAAUGGCCGGUGUAUGGGGGAAAGGAGGAGCACGAGGACGAGGACGAACACGAGGACGAACACGAACACGAACACGAACACGAACACGAACACGAACACAACAACUGCAGAAGCAGCAGUCUCAGCACCACGGGAGCAGAAGACGUGUUUGUGCACGACGACAUCCUCGACGCGCUGUUCGAGCUGCCGACGCGACUCAGGACGAAACUCAAACGCAACUGGUCUGCCGAGGACGUGAAGGGCGGCAUCUCCAAGCCCCGGGCUGCUGCUGGUUCUGCUACUUCUGCCUCUGCCUCCCGUUCCCAGGUCAAAUACACCUGUCGCGAAUGUGGCAAAUCGUUCCAGCGACCUUCGUCGCUGGCCACCCACAUCAACAUCCACACGGGCGACAAGCCCUUCGUGUGUCCGUUUCCGAACUGCGGUCGCCAAUUCAACGCGCGCUCGAACAUGGUUCGUCACCACAAGCUGCAUUUCCGUACCAGUGACGGCGAGUAUGUGUUGUCGCACGCCAGCAGAAUGGGAGCUCCUGAGACGCCGCCAAGCCCGAGUCCUUUUGGGUAUUCGCAGGUUUGCGGGAAUGCUGGCCGUUCCAGCGUGUAG